UCACUUUGCCUCCCAACACAACCCGCACAACCCUCGCACACGCGUUCACCCUGCCAUCCUCCCCUCUGCUUGUUGUCGCCUCCACCGAUCCCGCCGUCACAUCCGCGUUCGGACGAGCUUCCUCCACCGUUUCCGCGCCGCCUUCGCUCAUUGAGAGCCUUUCGUCGCCGUCCCUCCGCCUCCAUCGCGCCUCGUGUCGAUCCGCCCGCCUCUCCUCAAAAUGCAGCGCGCGCCAGCAGCCGCCUUCGCGCUCGUCAGAUCUGCCGUCCUCGGCCACGUGCGGCUACCCGUCGCGCCUUCCCUCUGGUCGCGCCUCGGAGACGCGCCGGCCGCCGGCGGUGCGCUGAGCCGCGGGUUCGCGGAGUCGGCGGGGACUUACCUGGACAAGAAGGCGGUGACGGAGCGCGUGCUGGACGUAGUUAAGAAGUUCCAGAAGGUGGAUCCGAGCAAGGUGACCCCCACGGCGCACUUCCAGAAGGACCUGGGGCUGGACUCGCUAGACGGCGUGGAGGUGGUGAUGGCGUUUGAGGAGGAGUUCGCCGUGGAGAUCCCCGAUGCAGAUGCCGAUAAGAUCACGUCGUGCGAGGAUGCCAUCAACUACAUUGCGUCGCACCCACAGGCCAAGUGAUGUGCAUGCAUGCUCGUAGUGCUGUGCUACUAGGUUAUGCCAUGGUAAAUUAGAACCGGUUUUUUUUUGUUAAGGGGUUGAAGAGACGCUUGGCUGUUCAUGGUAUGGUACUAUUUAGAACUCUUUUACCGGAAUUACAUUGUUUUUUUUUGCCAUUGAAGUGUACCUGUCCAACACACAUACCCGGAUU